CUGCUUAUUUUGGAAUUUCACUUGCAUUAUUUCCGUGUGUGUAAUCAAGCUAAUAGAUAAAGAUUGUGCUAACAUGUAGGACAGAGAGUGGGAAUUCAAGCCGCACAGGGCAAGCAGCUUCCGUCAAGACCUCUGGGUUGACGUUGUACAGACAGUCAACGGAGGAUGUAAACAGCCCAGAUCUCUCCAAAACGCGAUUCCGAAGUUCCCUUGAGGUGUCUCGAGCACUUAGUCACUCAGCACCAUCAGCUAUAAACCUGGAUGUUGCACAAGUUAAGUUUGACGAAGAGGUCUCGGUAUGUUCUAAUUCAUCCAGUCUCAAACGUCUUACUUGGAAGAAGUUGAAGAACACAGGCUAGAAGGGUUUGCAUACGACUGCAAUGCCGGAACCAGCGAGGAAUGCAUAAUGUUGAAUGAGGAGGACCAGAUGUAUGACCACGUGGACCCUGUCUGUGAGCAGCACUCGCACCUUUCUGGCCAGUCACGGUCUAGGUCACCGUCAAGAGUCACUGACAGCACGGAGCAUUCAACCUCAUUUAAUUUUGAUAUGUCAAAUAGGGCUCGACUCCCAAAAGGAAUUGAAAACAUUAAGCCACAUCUUGAAAAUGUGGAUAAUGUUCCCUUGUUAGUGUCGCUCUUCACAGACUGCACACCCCCAGCCACUCGAGCGAUGUUGUCCAUAAUGCAGGAAUACACAGAGGUGGUCAUGGUAAUGGGAUCAUCUGCGAAUGCUGAUAAUAUUCGCCUUUUUAUGCAAGCUGAUGCAAGCUUAUCAGUGGAUCCACUGUAUCCACAAGUUUGCAUGCGAGAGCCAGUAUUUGUGCGACCUCCGCCAUCUAAGGGACCUUCACCUACAGAUAUUGCGCGUAUCCUCAACUCCCUUCCCUGCUCCCUCUCUUUCCACCGUGAUGAUAAAGUGUCUCUUGUGCAUCUUAUCAUGGAGUCACGGCAUUACAUGCAACAGGUAGUGAGCUGUCUGCAGUUUUGGUCUUGUUGUUGUGUUUCAUUAACUAUCCUGCAACUUUUAGCUGCCACAGCUGCUCUUCCUCCACUACUUUCAUCAGGUGACAUUGUAUGGCUGGUGUGUGUCGUGAUUCCCAUCUUGUCAGUUUCUCUCGUUGCCGCUCCGACAAACCCUGCCGUCAUGAAUCAGGCCACAGGGAAAAAUUCUGUUGUGCUUAAUAAACAGAUGGUCCGUUAUGUGUUCUUAUAUUACAUCUGCAAGUUUGUUCCCUCUGUGGCGGUAAUUUUGUUGUGCGGUGGAUUGACACUUGAGAGCUUCUGCAGAGAUAUAGCUAGCCAUCACAAUACCUCCUGCACUUACAUUUAUCCGGAUGAAGUUCCUAAAAUUUAUAUUAACAGUACAAAGCGUGAGGAGCAGAGCUCAUGGAAGGGAUGGGGCGAUCAGUACUUAGAUUCCCUUAACGCAGUACAGAAUGGUGUAGCUUUUCUCAUUGUUCUUUACUUUUGUGUGAUUUCUGUUUCGUUUGUGCACCGCAUGUACCAGUUAUGGAGGAAAAAUCCUCUGAAAAAUAGGUGGUGGGCUUCCAGUGUCUUUGUAGUACUAGUGCUGCAGGUGGUAUAUGGAAGCAUCUCAGCAUCACUGUGUUCAUCCUCAGAGCCAAGUGGUCCUGGGUUAGCAAAUAUUCCACCAUGGUUGUGGCUCAUAGCAUUUGUGUGGCCACUACUUGUAAUUCCUCUCAAUGAAGUCAUUAAAAGAAGAGAAAUCAGAGUCAAUGUUCGAUAUCAGAAGCGAGCAAGACUGGAAUUUGGUACAAAGUUAGGGAUGAAUUCUCCAUUCUAAAACUGCAGAUGUUUAGAAGCUGUAUCUAGAUGUUAACAGGGAUAAUUUAAGAAUUUUCGUAUAUGAAAUGGAUGUAUCAUAUAUUUUGAUAGAUUGCCAAAAGCAAUACAUUUAUAUAGGAAUUUACACCUGAAAAUAAUUUUAUAAUAAGACAGGAUAUGAGACAUGUAAUGGUUAUCAUGUAGUUAUGAAUAUAGAUUGCUGUAUUAUUACUGAGGAUUCUCAGCAUGGAAAUAAAAUAUUCUGAAAGUUUGUAUGAUAAUAUACACAUACACAUUUAUGUAUACACACCUAGACUUACACACACACACACACACACACACACACACACACACACACACACACACACACACACACACACACACACU